CGUCCGUGGCCCGGAAUCCCUUUGCCUUGGAGAGCGGCGCGAGCCUAGAAGCUGAGAGAAGUUGGGUAGGUCGAUCCGGGAAGGGUAGCAGAAACCUCGAAAAGAUCUCCUAACCAUUCUGUCCUGAUCGUUUGGACUCAGGAGGAACGUCCCUGCUUGCGUCUAGGGGCGGAAGGUGGACGCGCUGCGCACGGCCCCGCCAGGGCUGGUAGUUUUCAGACCGUCCCUGCCGAGGCCCGCUCGCUCGGCAGCCCUGCGGCUCCCGCGGUGGCGGCGGCGGCCCCAGGCUCGAUCUAGCCCAGGUAGCCGCAUCUCAGUCUCAGGGGGCGCUCUGACCCCGCUCCUGGCUGUGCCUGGGACCUCUGUUCCCUGGAGCAAGGCUGCUGGAGAGUGACCCCGACUGCUACUGAUGGUGCUUCUGCUGCUCCUCUACUAGCAGGAGUGACUCCUACCUGAAAGUAGACUUUGGAGGAGGGUCCAGUAGGCCAUCAGAAUGGAAGCCCAGCAAGGAAACCAGCUGACUCAGGAGCCGGAGUGAGAGCCACGCACUCUCCACCCCAACCUGCACCAUGAACUUGCCUUGCCCUUCUGCUUGUUGAGAGCCAAGGGAAUGGUACAUUGCUAGAGAGAGAUGGCUUUCUUUUCUCCCUGGAAGUUGUCCUCUCAGAAGCUGGGCUUUUUCCUGGUGACUUUCGGCUUCAUCUGGGGGAUGAUGCUUCUGCACUUCACCAUCCAGCAGCGGACUCAGCCCGAGAGCAGCUCCAUGUUACGGGAGCAGAUCCUUGACCUCAGCAAGAGGUACAUUAAGGCACUGGCAGAGGAGAACAGGGAUGUGGUGGAUGGCCCCUACGCUGGUGUCAUGACAGCUUACGAUCUGAAGAAAACGCUCGCCGUCUUGCUGGAUAACAUCCUGCAGCGCAUUGGCAAGCUCGAGUCAAAGGUGGACAAUCUGGUCAACGGCACAGGAGCGAACUCCACCAACUCCACCACGGCUGUCCCCAGCUUGGUAUCGCUUGAGAAAAUUAAUGUGGCAGAUAUCAUUAAUGGAGUUCAGGAAAAAUGUGUAUUGCCUCCUAUGGAUGGCUACCCCCACUGCGAGGGGAAAAUCAAGUGGAUGAAGGACAUGUGGCGCUCGGACCCCUGCUACGCAGACUAUGGAGUGGACGGGACCUCCUGCUCCUUUUUUAUUUACCUCAGUGAGGUUGAAAAUUGGUGUCCUCGUUUACCUUGGAGAGUAAAAAGUCCCUAUGAAGAAGCUGACCAUAACUCACUGGCGGAAAUCCGUACGGAUUUUAACAUUCUCUACGGAAUGAUGAAGAAGCACGAGGAGUUCCGUUGGAUGAGGCUUCGGAUCCGGCGAAUGGCUGACGCGUGGAUCCAAGCUAUCAAGUCUCUGGCGGAGAAACAAAGCCUUGAGAAGAGGAAACGGAAGAAAAUCCUUGUUCACCUGGGGCUCCUGACCAAGGAAUCGGGCUUCAAGAUUGCGGAGACAGCAUUCAGCGGUGGCCCUCUGGGUGAACUCGUUCAGUGGAGUGACUUAAUCACAUCUCUGUACCUGUUGGGCCAUGACAUCCGGAUCUCGGCCUCACUGGCUGAGCUCAAGGAGAUAAUGAAGAAGGUUGUUGGAAACCGGUCUGGCUGUCCAACUGUAGGAGACAGAAUUGUUGAGCUGAUUUAUAUCGAUAUUGUGGGACUUGCUCAAUUUAAGAAAACACUAGGGCCAUCAUGGGUUCAUUACCAGUGCAUGCUCCGGGUGCUAGACUCCUUUGGAACAGAACCUGAGUUCAAUCAUGCGAGUUAUGCCCAGUCAAAAGGCCACAAGACCCCCUGGGGAAAGUGGAAUCUGAACCCGCAGCAGUUUUACACCAUGUUCCCUCAUACCCCAGACAACAGCUUUCUGGGCUUCGUGGUGGAGCAGCACCUGAACUCCAGCGACAUUCACCACAUUAACGAGAUCAAAAGGCAGAACCAGUCCCUUGUGUAUGGCAAAGUGGAUAGUUUCUGGAAGAAUAAGAAAAUCUACCUGGAUAUCAUUCACACGUACAUGGAAGUGCACGCCACUGUUUAUGGCUCCAGUACCAAGAACAUUCCCAGUUACGUGAAAAACCAUGGCAUUCUCAGUGGACGUGACCUGCAGUUUCUUCUCCGGGAAACCAAGCUGUUCGUUGGGCUCGGAUUCCCUUAUGAAGGUCCAGCUCCCCUGGAGGCCAUCGCGAAUGGAUGUGCUUUCCUGAACCCCAAGUUCAACCCUCCCAAAAGCAGCAAAAACACAGACUUCUUCAUUGGCAAGCCAACACUGAGAGAGCUGACAUCCCAGCAUCCUUAUGCAGAAGUCUUCAUCGGCCGGCCACACGUCUGGACUGUGGAUCUCAAUAACCGAGAGGAAGUAGAAGAUGCAGUAAAAGCCAUCUUAAACCAGAAGAUUGAGCCGUAUAUGCCAUAUGAGUUCACAUGUGAAGGCAUGCUGCAGAGAAUCAACGCUUUCAUUGAAAAACAGGACUUCUGCCAUGGCCAAGUGAUGUGGCCACCCCUCAGCGCCCUGCAGGUGAAGCUGGCUGAGCCCGGGCAGUCCUGCAAGCAGGUGUGCCAGGAGAGCCAGCUUAUCUGUGAGCCGUCCUUCUUUCAACACCUCAACAAGGAAAAGGACCUGCUGAAGUAUAAGGUGACCUGCCAAAGCUCAGAACUGUACAAGGACAUCCUGGUGCCCUCCUUCUACCCCAAGAGCAAGCACUGUGUGUUCCAAGGGGAUCUCCUGCUCUUCAGUUGUGCCGGAGCCCACCCCACACACCAGCGGAUCUGCCCCUGCCGGGACUUCAUCAAGGGCCAAGUGGCCCUCUGCAAAGACUGCCUAUAGCAUCGCCGCCCUGAAUUAACUCAGACGGGAAAGACGUGGCUCCACUGGGCAGGGCCAAGGGGCACAAAGACAUUCAGGGACUCUGACCAGAGCCUGAGAUCUUUGGUCCAGGGCUUGAAUUUAGUACCGCUCCAGCCACAGCCAGUGCAUCCCAGUUUACACCAAAACCACAAGAGAACAGAGGUUAGAACAGGAACCUGGGUUCUCCCCAGUGUAACGAAUGUCCUCUCUGUCUGGGAGAUCGACUGUAGGGAAAGGAUCCAGGCAGUUGCUCCCAGGAUUUUUUUUUUUUUUUUUAAAAGAAGGGAUAAAAGUCCAGAGACUCAUUCAAACUGAAAACAAAACAGAAUUGAGCCAAUUGGGAAGGACUUUGGGGACAAUCCUAAACCAAUUAAUUUAUUUAUUUGGGAGGAUGGGGGCGGGCUCGGGAGGGAGGAGAGGGGUUGAACAGUUUCCUUUUGUUCCUCACUGUUAAUCGCCCACCUUCGGGCCCUUCUUGUUCUGCAGCGCCAAGCAGGGUGCAGAGGGGCUGUGGCCUGCUUGAGGGGCCGCUGUGGGGCUUCACUCCUGGUAACAGGUGGCAGCAGAGAAAAGAGAUGUCUAUAAGCAGGGGGAUGUAGCUCAGUUUGUAGAAUGCUUGCGUAGCAUAAAUGAAGUCCUGGGUUCCAUCCCCAGCACCACAUAAAAGCAGGUAAGAAACAGAGGCAGGAGGACCAAACAUUCUCCUUGGCUACAUAACAAAAGCAAAGCCUUUGUCCCCAAGUCUAGGCUACAAGAGACCCUGUCUCAGAAAAUUGUGUGUGUGUGUGGGGGGGGGGUGGCCUUGAAAACACAGCCAGCCACUGUCACAGCAUUGCCAGAACUGGUGGAUCCCAGGUGUGCUUGGCAGAUGGCAGCUAAAAGGCACAUAACCUUGGUGGGGAAAUAAAUGCCUGUGGUGUCCUGAGAGGGCCCCACCAAGUCCAAAGACAGGCUGGGCUGCAGAUGAGAGAGGCUGCUUUCCUGUGUGUGUGUGUGUCCCUUCCUCCCCCUCCCCCUACAUAGCUUGGUCCUAAUUUCUGGUUAGAAUUUACCUUUGUUGAAGAAACACCAUGGGAUUAUGGGAUUAUGUAAUUCUUGUUUGCUGCUGUGGUAAACUCAGCCCCACCCCGUCCCCGUCCCCCCUCAUUCCCCAUACCCCAUCGUAGGCUCCAGGAGCUGUCCUUGAACUUGGAGAAGGCAUCUCUAACCUCAAAACAGCUAAGAUUUGGGUAAGAAUGCCGCCAGUCCUAAGAGUUAGUAGCACGAGGCUUUGUGCCUUGCCCCCAUCGAUGUCUGAUAUUGCUGCAGUCCAGGCAACUGACGCUUAGAACUUGAUGGUUUCUGGGGAGGAAAGGACAGUUCAGGAUGAAUGCUAGGGAUUAUCCCGGCCACACCCCCAGUGGGUGUGGCCUACAAAGGGUGAGAGCCUGGGGCUGGCUUUUACUUGAAGCACUAUUGUUCUAUGGAGUUUGAGCAGCCCCUGUGAGGGCCUGACAGCAGGUUGGCCUAGGCAGUAUGCCUGAAUCCCCACCUUUCACACCCUGGAGCCCUUCUGUGAGUCCAUCCCUGCUGAAGUACUGCUCCUGUGCUCUGUAUACGCGUGAGUCUCUGGAGACACCUCCCACACUUCUCUCCAUGCUGGCGAAUGAACCAAUCAAUCCUCUUCUACCUCUUGCUGUUAGCAUUGUCCACCCAGCCCCAGCUGGUAGAGUAGACUUCCUGGUCGGCUGCUGCUGCCCAGCGCCUCCCUGUGGCCAGGAGGAGCUUCUGCCUAGCUGAACAGCAGCCUGUGACUGGCUGAGCCUUCCAGAAGCAACAGAAAGGAGGAUCUGCUUGUGGUGACUAAGGGCUAGGGAGAUGGCGCAUGGAACUUUUAGGUCUGGGAAAUCAUUUGUCCUCUUGAUCUCUACCUGGGUGCAUACAUCAUACCAAUCACACCUCUAGCGCCUCCCCGACCACACCCCUGUUGGCCCUAAGACAGACAGACACCUCAGGAGCCUGAGAUUCUAGUUCCAGAGAAUGAAGUGAAGAGGUGAUGUCAGGGCAGGUACUGGCCCUAAGCACUGACAGGGGUCCCUCAAGGCCUGCCCGGAAUCACCUCUGCCCAGGUUCAGCCGCCAGGAAGGCAGAAGUUCAAAAGCCUAGCUAUGAAGCAUCUUUAUUAAGCUUUGCAAAGGUUUCCUGCUACAGGAGGGGAGAGAGCUGUGCAGUCUCUUGGGAAAGGACUUUUCCCUUAGAGUGGGCCUCGGGGCUGCACCCCAGAGUUGUGGGAAUCUGCCUAAGUUUCCAGACCUGAAGGCUGUGGGUGACAGUGCUGACAUUCAACCGGCAGGGGGUGCCAAGCCGGACAAUAAUCCCCAUGUUGCAGAUAACAAUAAACAGGCAGGAAGGCAACUUUGUCUCCACCUGCAGAUGCUUCCAGGCCUUGAGGUCAGGGUCCCUCCGCAUUCCUAUUCCUCUGCUCCAGUUCAAAACCCUGGCUCACACAACCCAGAAGAGCUCUUUCUCCCACGUUAUAAAUCCCGUUCCCUAUUUUAGGCAGAAAUAAAGUAAGCUCACUUCCUCUGGUGGGUUCCUGCUCUUGGGACUAACCAAGCCUAGUCUAGUUAUUAAGAGAAUUAGCAAUAGGUGAGAUGUCCCUGAAUGGACGCCCGCUCCCAGGCCUCCUCAGAGUUAGCAAGAUAUGGAUGGCCAAGUGGCCAUCAAGGGAAAACUGACCUGACCUGUGUAUGGGCAUUGUACCUGUCAGGUGUGGAAGACAGCAAAGAAGGCACCCACAGCCCUGGCGGAGCCAGCACUUACAAAGCAUUGGCAACCGAGGGCUGUGUGUAAUUGAACCUUCCGCCAGGAGAGGACUCUGAAGUCAGGACUCGUGUGUUCUGCACAGUAGACACAGGUCACCUGACCUUUAGAGUUGUUUUCCCCUUCGUGAUGGUAGGCUCUUAAAAUAGGGGGAAAGUUUUAUCUAAUUUAUUAAAAGAGAGAACAGGUUGCUUCAGAAGGUGAAAGCGUUUUCAGAGUUAAGAACUCCUGAGAGGGGCCAUGCCUUGUGCGUUUCUGUGUGUGUUCUUAUACAAAUGGAAGCACUGUAGAGAGGUUUAUUUUGUCUCUAAGAUGAAUCGUUUGUUUUAGGUGAGUGUUUGGAAAUAUCUGUCUGUUCUUUGGCUGGGACAUGUGUUUUUGUUUCUCUUUGGGGUUGGAUUUUGAAAGCUGGGUGCUGUCGAAGGCUGAUAGCAGAUUGUUCCAGCCUUGAAUAACUACAUUUGUCCACAGUGUGUGCACGCACAUGUCCCAGUGUAUACGGGCACACAAGACUGUAUAUAUAGUGUGUAUACGUGUAUACCUGUGCAUUUUGUGUAUGUUCCGUGUGUGGUGUAUACACAUGCACCCCCAGAAUAGGGCCAAGGGUGCCAAGAAUCCUUUAGUACCCUCAGGACCAGACCCUAUCUCUGAAUCUGAUGGUGACCAAGGUAGUGAGGGGUCUCACGCUCCAUCACCCUAGCUGACAUGUUGCUGAGGCAGAAAACCAGCCCCCAGUCUAUCUCUGUAGAAGAAGGAGCCCCCAAAUACUUCAGCUAGUUAGCCUGGUGGAGGCGAGAUGUUGACUUUUUCUCGUCCUUAGCGGAUGAAUGUGGGCGUGAAGUUGCGGUACCUACUAGUGAGUUGGGUUGCACUGAAACUAUGUGUUGCUCAUGGAUGAGUGUGUAUCCUUUAGAUCGGACCAGGGUGGUUUACCUAGAUUGUAUGUAAUUAGGCACCACCACCCUCUCCCCAAAUUUUUGACUGAAAAGGAAAGACCAAGUAUUUUGUUAACGACAGGCUCUGCUGUGUCACGAUUCCAAGCCUGGACUCUUUUAUUUAUUUAAAACUCUUUUAAUUUCUCUUUCUUCUCUUCCCCUCUGUCUGUGUGGCUGCAGAGUGUGUCUCUGUUAGAGUUAGACGGAUGGCAGGAAUAGGUUUGUAGUCCUUCAGGAAGCCAGCAGCCUGGAGCUGGAAAUGGGUUCCUCUCAUCCAUGUUGCCUUCAACAGAAAGUGAGAAGUUUUUUCGGUUUGGGUUUUUUUUUUUCUUUACAUAUAGCAAAAGACCAAAUUAGCUGUAUAGUCUUGGAUACAGAAUAUAAGAAUUACUCUAGCUGUCCUAGCACUUAGGGUCCUGUGGGGAUUCAGUGUUUAGCACAGUGCCUGGCUCAUAGUAAGCCUGGUGAAUGUUCAAUAUUGAUAUUAGUAGUAUAUCAUAAAACUUGAGAAAUAAAGAGCUGCGCUCACCCCCUAUCUGUUGAUUCGGACAUGACGGUCACAGAGAAACCUUGCUGAGUCGAUCAGAUGCUAUAGGAAUUAACUGUCUCAAUUGUUUAAGCGCUGUGCCUACCCUGCUCGCUGGAAUUCUAGUGUUCUUCUCGAAUGCACUGAAUAAUUGGGAAAUUUGCCAGUCUUCAGCACUCAGUGAAACAAGGCUAAAUUUAUUACCUGAAAUUGAACCACCAAUAUGUUCUGGAACAUUCCAGGGGUUUCUUUGAGGGACUUUUUGAGCUCAAAAUUAAAAGUUCUCUCACAAGUUUCA